AUGUCUGGGCAGAAAAAAAAUCGUCUUAAGGCUGUUUCUUAUUCUUUCAAACACAGAGGUAGCCUAUCCAAAAAGAAAGACCUGGACAUAGACUAUGUUGCCUACAAGCCUACCAGAGACAAGAGGGGAAAGUCCUCAUGGGUCGAAUCCUGUGCAGAUCCACUGUAUGAAACAUCGAUGGACCCUUCCUCCCCCAGCAGCCCAAGGAAACGAAUGAAAGAGAACCAUGCAGAAUUUGUGGAUGUCGAAGCCUCUCAGGAAAGUUUGGGUGACUUCAUUCUGGACACAGAGGAUGGUCACCAACCAAGAAAAACAAAGAUUCAGAACAAUUCACCUGUGCAGGGAUCUGCGAGACAUGACGUCACUCUUGCUGACCAAGGAUUCAUAUGGUACUUAGGCCAUGGAGGAGAGCCUUGCCCUUCAUAUGGAGCUUCGAAAAUUCACGGGGAUCAAGAUGGGAAAGUAGAUGAUAUUACAGAGACAGGCCCCUUACCUCAAGAUACCACCCCUGUGACUAUUGUACAUUCAUCAGGAGUGUUCACACACAACGUAUUGUGGUGUCAUUGCCAAGGAUCCGAUCCUCAGCACCUGCAGCUCCUGAGAGCACAGCUAUUUCCUGCCAGCUCCACACGGCCCAGGACUGUUUUCACCUUCGAAGUACUGGAUCAUUUUCUCAUUGACGCCUUGGAAUGCAAGACUUCAGCCAGGAGCUUCUUUGAGAAACUUACAAGGUUGACAAAUAAUGCAUUUCCAGAUACUGUCCCAGAUCGUUAUCGUGAACUCAUGAGAGUAUCUCGACUGUGGAGAGACUUGAAGAACCGUAAAUGGUUUGGAUUUGGCCAUAAUAUGAAAUCAGGACCUGGCCCAGGAGAUCUUGCCCUUUUCUGCCCUUCAUGUCCUCAGCCAGGAAUCAACAUGCCUCUUGAUUGGGAGCAGAAGUAUGAAAGGCAAGUCAAUUAUUAUUACUGGUGCAGCGAAAUCAUAGCUAGACAGUGGCCGGUUGGUUGCUACGUGUUGUAUACACUCAUGGCUGUUGAGCAAGGUGAACUCUGGCCAGUACACAUUGUACAUAGGCCAGUAAUGCUGCAGGCUGGACAUAUUACACCUGGUACAGUGGCCAGUACAGAUCUUGGCCAGGUUUUUCCUAAACCUGGCCAGCCAAUAGCUAGCCAACAUAUGUGUGGUGCUGGCCGAGGUCAAAUAGCAGCAGAGGAUGCUGGCCAGUGGCUUGUCAUGAAGAGAUUUGUGGUAGAUGGAAAUUUUACUGCUCAGCACAUGAACAUGAGACAGCUGAAAGAGGACAUCUUCCUCUCAGAUGGUUUAGGUUAUAUGGUCACAGAGGGAGAAUAUCAAGCUCACUUGGCCUCAGCUACAGAGAGUAGGAAGCAUGCUGCAAGAGGAAUCAAUGACUCCCUGGUAAUUUAUGAUGUGGGCUGCCAGUGGAGUCUUCAUUUUUCAGAACGUGUCAACAACUGCUCUAGCUUGACCCUCCCUGAUGACACAGAGAUUGUGGUUGCAGUGGGAAAAUUUCAUCCCAGCGCUCACAAGCUUGCUUGUUUUCCUAGAUACAGCCUGAACUUUAUUGUAGGAGCUGGGCAGGUUGAUGGGGAAAUUCUAGAGACACUCUGGGCUCCCUUCAAUAAGAUUUCUCCAACAGCACGUUCUAUGAGCCAAGCCCACCGUCAAGAAAUCCUUGAUGAUCACAUGCGUAACUCAAAUUGGAAAAAACAUGUCCAAAUUGUUAAGACGCUCUUGCAAAAGUACAAAUGUGCCAAUAAGGGCAUCGAUGACACUAAGGUGCCAUUCCAAGAGCUCACACAUUCCUUGGAAGUCAGUAAAGUCUCCUCAUGGGAGAAAGAUGAAAAACGAGCUAUGGAACAAUGUGGAGAGCAUCUUGACAUAUACCAACUACAAAUAGAUAAAGCCCCAACAAUGGCAGAAAUUCGGCUAAAAUUAACCAAAACAGAAUAUGCUAAUACUAGCAAACGAGGAUUGAUAUCUUUACUCACCAGUGGUAUCAAUUUGGAGAAUGCUCAGGAUGCUUUGAGGGGAGAUAUUCGAAAGCUUCCCAAAGAUGCAUCUGCCACUCAAAAGGCAGUAGUUGAAGAAAAACGACAAAAACUGGCAGCAAGGAUCUCAAAAUUUCAUGAAAUGGCUGAUGCCAUGACAGAAGGCAUUGAAGUUGACACAGGUAUGGAGCACAUGGAUGACGUCAGAUUUUGUACUGCAGAUAUGGAGGAAGAAGAGAGGGAAGCAGCAGAUCCCAAAGUGACUUCUGAAGAAAUCUGUGAAGAAGUUGUUGCAGAAGCCAUGCGGAUCUGGAUGCCAUCAUCAAUACCUCACGACAAUGCUUUAGCCCUUGGCCUAGGUUCUCUACAAGCCGAAGAACUGCAGUUACGGCAGGGUCAGGCAAAUGAUUGCUUGGAAAAGUUAUGGCAGGCUCUCGGCCACAAAGCCAUAAUUUACCGUCAACAUUUUAGAAGUGCAGAUUCCACAUGGGUGGGUACCAGGUCAAAGCAAGAAGCUCGAUCGAUCAAGAUUCAGCCGAGUCAGCUUAAUGUGAACAAGGAAGUCACUGAGGAGAACAGAUAUGGGCAGGGAUCAGACAGACUAGCUUGGUUUUGGAGGGUGAACAAUGGUCAUGAUUCUCCUGAAGAUGUAUGGAUGGAUGAAUUAUCAGUCUAUAGGCUAAAUUGGUUGAAAGCUAAGGCUCAAUGGCAAAGGUGGGAGGAGGAGUUGAGUUUGGUUCAACAUGAGAUGGGGUGGACAGUGGGUUGGUUUAGAUACAAGAAGGAAGAAUGGGAACGAAGAUACCAUGAAGCCACAAAGCAUGGUCAUCAAGCCUAUGCACAACGACAGGUGCUCCUGUGGGGAAGGUUCUUAGUGAAUGCAGAAAAUUCAUCCAAGGACAAAAUGGUUGUAGUCACUUAA